CGCCCUUUCGCCUCUCCUUUCUCCCUCGUCCCGGAUACUAGGAAUUUGCUCUGCGACAAGUAUCCUCUAUUCUGGUGCUGUCUUUCUGACUGCCUUUAAUCGCACUGUUUCUGCCGUGUCUCGGUUUUUCAUUCAUCUUCUCGUUCUCUCGGGCAUCUACAUCCAACCCCCCUGGUCGCGUUCCACGGUUCGCCUCGGUGGCUAAGUGACAGGCAACAAUCCGCCGAAUACACCUGGCAGCAGAUUCGUCUCUUCUACAUGCUAUAGUCGCCUCUCUCUGAGUUCUUCCCACUCCCAACAUGGCGUCCGUCACGUCUCUAGACAAGGACUUGCGCAGUCUGCGCUUGUCCCGCUAUACCCCGCAAGCCGCCGCCGAAGUGCGCGACUGGAUCGAAGAAAUCCUCCAUGAAUCUUUACCUGCCGGAGAUCUUCUAGAAGCGCUGAAAGAUGGCGUCGCGCUGUGCAGGCUCGUCAACCUCGCCGUCUCCCCCGGGGUCAAAUUCAAGCAAUCCUCGAUGCCCUUUGUGCAAAUGGAAAACAUCUCGCAUUUCCUCCGCGCCUGUCAAAUCCAACCCCUGAGUCUCCCGCCGCACGAUGUCUUCCUCACUGUCGAUCUCUACGAAGGCAAGGACCCCGCGCAGGUCCUGCAGUGCCUGAUGGCCUUCAGUCGGAGAGCCAAUGCGAUUCAGCCGGCCAAGUUCCCGCGCACCAUCGGUCCCCAGAAUAAAGGCGGCACGUUGAGUCCCAAUAUGACAGGUUCCAGCCAGGGCGCUUAUACGCCUACGAAAUCGCGCUUCUACAACGAUACCAACUCGAAUGUCUCCGCGCAGUCGAGCCCGUCCGCGAAGUCUCCGGCCGUCAGCAGCUGGAGUAAGAAGACGGACGAGCAUUCGACCGCCCCGGCCUGGAAUAUCCACCAGUAUGGCUACAUGGGUGGUGCUAGCCAGGCAAACCAAGGUGUCGCCUUUGGUGCUCGUCGGCAGAUCACGACUGCGGCGCCGCAUGUGCCCAGCCUGGCGGAGAAGGAGAAGCGCCGGCGCGAAGAAGAUGAGCGGAUUCGGGCGGAGCAGGAGCAUGCCGAGCGCAUGCGCCAGCAGGAACGCGAGGAACGGGAGGCGGAUGAAGAGCGUGCGCGAGUCGAGGAAGCGCGUCGAUGGGAGGAAGAGACGGCGCAGCUUCGCGAAAAGGAACGGCUCGAAGUGGAGCAGCAGCGGAGACAGUGGGAUGAGGAGCAGCGCAAGUGGGAGGAAGAGGAACGACAACGUCAGCGCGAGGAGAAGGAAACGGAGGAAAGACUUGAACAGGAGAGACUGCGUCGGCGCGAAGUCAACGACACUCGCCUCAACGGUCAAUUCCUCAGCCAGUAUCAAGCCAGCCAGUCCGUAUCCGGCCGCGCCGCCGCCUCCGAACCCAGCGAGAACCAGCGCAUUCGACAAUUGGAGCUGGAGCUGGAAAGUGCAAAGGAGCGAGAGGCCCAGUAUGAGCGCGAGCGACGGGCUCUUCGUGAGAAAGAAACCGGGAGCAGCGGCAACACCCAAGCCCGCAGUCCUCGCCCUGUGCCCGUCCCUCCCAAACCCAGCUACAAUCUCUCUUCGCUGGAGCAGGAACGCCGACUCCUGCGCUCAGAAUGGCAGAACCAGCAGGAGGAGGCCCCCAUCGCCGAAUCCAGCCCACCACCUCCCCUGCCCUCUCGGCCCCUCCCAGACCCGACUGCAGCCAGUGGACCCCCUCCCAAACCUCCUCGUCCUCUCCCCGACCCCACGAACCAGAAGCAAGAGAGCCGCGUUGACCGGUUCCUCUCCUUCAACCGGCCCCCGGUGGCAGCCAAGCCCGCCGCGCACCGCCCCCAAGACUACACCACCACCGCCGAAGUCGACGCCGAGAACAGCCGCCGCGAAGCCGCGCAGCAGAAGACCAAAGCCGGCGGCUGGGCCUCCAAGUCUCUUCUCGAGCGCGAGAUGGAGCGCGAACGUGAGCGCCAGCGCGAAUGGGAAGAUAACCAGAAACAGACCGAGGCCGUCGCCGCAAAGGGUCUCGGCGACUCCUCGGUAGGUACCGGCCCGGGCCAGGGCGCCUGGAACGUCCACCAGUACGGCUUUUUGGGCGGCGAUAGCCAGAACCGAGGCGGGCCUGGUCUGGGCGUUGGAGGCGCCAGACGUCAGAUCAUCGGUCCGAGGCCUCCUCCAUAAAUGAACUCAGAUGGUCUAGUCUGCUUCGGUUCGGUCUGAUUUAGUCCGUCCAUCUACUGGGAAUAUUGGUGGAGUUUUAGUUUUAUUUCUAUCGGUCUGCUGGUGGGGGAUUCGUGAUAUCCGUAGGUUUUUAUUCUGGUGUGGUUUUCAUCUUUGUUUUUUUUUUUUUUUUGUUUUUUUUCCCUAUUAUUUGCUCUAGUUGAUGGACGUCUAUUGACUGGUAUUUGUAUAUAUGUCACUAUACGUACCAAAUUCCCUGUUGUAGACAUCGCCGCUUUACUGGGGGCGCUCAGGAGCUUGCUCAGCGAGUGGUUCACAUCAUAGAACAUAUACUGUUCUUAUGAGUUCCGUUGAUUUGCAUAUUACCUAGGUAUAUCACGUGUUUGGGGGCUAGGGGCU